CAAGCGUCUACUGUGGCAGUUGAGAAGCCAAACACACUUGAAUAAUUCAGAAAGGUUAUGUUCACAGAUGUAAUACUCGCAAAUGAUUUAUAGGCAUCCGGACAUUUAAUACUCAUUUCAACGCUGUUGCAGAUCGUGAAACGUAUUAGGUUGGUUGAAGAAGUAGCUAGCUAACGUUAACUCAGAAGUUAACAAACGUUGCCUGGAUAGCUAGCAAUCUGGCUAGCAACAUGGCCCCUAUAAAUCUUAAAGUAAAGGGCACAACCAAAGUUUCAAUUAGUGGGAUAACAGUACAUGCUCAAAGCAAACAUGGUCAUCGAAAUAAUGUAUUGGCCGAGAGGAAUCAAGCAGUUGCACCUGUUGGCGCCUGGGUGGAGAGUGGACAAGACUACCAGGAGGAUGAGCAUCCAACUGUAAGUGUAGCCGUACAUAAAUUAUUCUACUUGAAUAGGUAGCUAGUUAGCAUAUUUACCUGUUGACUUAUUCUCUCGUAUGAGCCAGGUUCGUGCCCUGCUAACUGAGGAGCUACAGGUGGAGAUGCAACGGGAGAAAGAGGAUAGUCUUCGCCGGUUUCAGGAAGAAGUGCGCCGCCGCGUGGCACAACAGGCUCAAAUCCUCAAGAGGCGGCAGCUUCAGAAGUCAUGCGAGACGGUGACUAGCCUAUAUUAUGUGGAUAAUGGACAUAUUGUAUUACAAUUGCUGUUCAUGGUGGAGCACAGUUAGUACGCCAACAUCAUUUUAAAAAAACAUAAAAACAACAAAGCCUUACAAAUGGCAGGAAUACAGUUAUCUUGUUUUCCAAGUAUAGUAGCUAGCUACUACACAUGUAAAUGACAUUGACUAUGGGUAAAUGAGCACCACCUCUAUCAAGAGCCUGCGUUGUUUCUCUUUACAGGUGGAGCGUGAGGGGAGAGUGCUCCAGCAGUCCAGCGAUGCAGCGCAGAGGUUGACCCCCACAAAGAAUCUGUUCCCCUACUCCCCACAGCGAGAGCUAGCCAUCUGCAGCCCCAACUCUCGCUGGGUCCGACCACAGGGCCAUGAGAGCAGCAACAGAGAAAACAGGACAGAUCAGCAAACGCAUCAGGUGGCUAAACUUAUCUGUGAUGAUCUACAUUGACAUUUACAUGUUAGUCAUUCUAUUCCAUGCAUUCAAUGGAUGUAAGAAAAACAUCCACAUAUCUCGGUCAUUGCAAGAACAUAAAAAAACUUCUAAAUACCAGUAGCCUUGCAUAAUCUGUGCUUGUUACAGUAAAGGAAAAGCAAGUAGUAUUUGUUUUUUAUCUGUUGUUAUAAAAACAUUGAAUGAAGCCACACACAAGCACUGAGUGGAUAUUGUUAUUGAUUCGAAUCUAUAUCUAACGUGCGUCCACGGCUGCGUUUACACCGGUCUUUUGACCAAUCAGAUCAGAUCUUUUGGGUAAAAGAUUAGAAUUGGCAGCCUGUGUAAACACAGCCUAUAUCCAUCAUUGAGCUCUGCAACAAAGGCUGCAUUUACACAGGCAUCCCAAUUCUGAUAUUUUUGCCACUAAUUGGUAUUUUGACCAAUCAGAUCCUUUGUCUGUAAUUGGGCAAAAGAUCACAAUUGGGCUGCUUGUGUAAAUGCAGCUAUAUAGACCUAGGCUACCUACCUGUUUAUCCUCAAUAAUGCCAAUGGAUUAUUUACACAGAUGUUGAAGCCAUUCUGCUCAUAUUAAGUCAGUGACAUUGCCAUUACUUCUGUCAUUAGCUCUAUAGAUAAAAUAGGUAAUCAUACGGGUUGGUUUUGGUAUUUCAGCUCAGCAAAGUCAUGAGGCAGGUCAGGCACAGACUGGCAGCCUGUCAGACGGUCCGAGACGGAGAAGUGAUGUCAGAGCUCCCUGGGGGAAUAUGGAAGGUGUCUCCUACCAGAGAUGUGAGUUUGUUUAUACUGCCCCUUUCUAACUGGCCAAAGUCAGUUAUUACAAAAAUGUCAGAUAACCAUAGAAUUAGAAUGAAUUUAUUCUACCUCUAUAUAUUUGGCCAGCAGCAUACCACCCUGCAUCCCACUGCUGGCUUGCCUCUGAAGCUAAGCAGGGUUUGUCCUGGUCUGUCCUUGGAUGGGAGACCAGAUGCUGCUGGGAGUACUAUUGGAGGGCCAGUAGGAGGAACUCUUUCCUCUGGUCUAAAAAAAUAAAUAUCCCAAUGCUCCAGGGCAGUGAUUGGGGACAUUGCCCUAUGCAGGGUAAAAUAUUGAUGUUUCUUUGGAUAUAACUUUAUAAUUUGGAACUCUCAAUUGCAGGAAUACUGUAUUUACUGUAAGACAUUUUAUGCUUUCUAACUCAAAACAGAAACCUGUAUAUCGGGUGACAAGAGAAGAGGAAGGAGAAGAGGAGGAUCAUGAAGAAGAAGAAGAAGAGGAGGAGGAGGAAGAUAUUCCUUUGAUUGGGCAACACGACUCCCCUCUUCAGAACUUUGAUCCUCACGAGGGUCACAGGAGCAAGACUGUCACCUUUGACAACAAUCCGGUCGGUCACCACAAGUGUUCUCUUUUUAACACUUCUCCAAUUUCCAAACACUCCCAUUUCCCCAAACCCCACACAGUCAAUAGUCCUGUGACUCACAUCCUUAUCCUAACAUUCCUUUAGUCAGGCUAUAGCAAGUUGUUUGUUUGUCAAUCUAUAUAGUUUCCUUUGUAACUCCAACUAAGCUACCCUAAAGGUUUAAUCUUUCAUAAUGCACAACGAGAGGUGCUCAACCCUUACUAAGUUCUGUAAAUGAGUCUUUGGGUGCCUUUGUCCAGGAGUCACCCAACUUUUCUGAAAAAGACUGCUUGAAGGCCAAAACGCAUCUACUGUGACAGCUAAUAAUCAAUAUUUCACACCCGUGUGUGUUGCAGGUGUGUCCGAGGCUCUUUAGUGAGCCUUAUCCUGCAGGUCAUAGUAAUGAGUUUAGUACUGACCAUAGAGCUACUCAAGUGCUGUGGCCCCAAGAAGACCAGGAGGAACUGAAGAGACAGGUGAUUAAGGCCAGUUAGAACUAUAUUAUAGGGUUUUAGUGUUUAUGAAUAUACACCCUUUCUUGGAUGGCUAUCAAAUUACUUUUAUCACUGACCAUAUUUACACACAGCCCUCCACCAAAUCCCCCCUUUAGAGAUUAACUAAUACUGUAUGAAACACAAUGAUUCGUGCAGUACGGUGGCUUAGUGUAUUUUCAGCCCAAAAAGUACAACAUAUUUUCAAGACACACUUUCAACUAGUUAGCAUUUAGUAAAAUACACUACAUGGCCAAAAGUAGAUGGACACCCCUUCAAAUUAAUUGAUUCAGCUAUUUCAGCCACACCCGUUGCUGACAAGUGUAUAAAAUCGAGCACACGGCCAUGCAAUCUCCAUAGACAAACAUUGGCUGUUGUUUGGAUGCCACCUUUCCAACAAGUCAGCCCUGCUAAAGCUGCCCGGUCAACUGUAAGUAAUGUUAUUGUGAAGUGGAAACGUCUAGGAGCCAGGAGAACGCAACCUGCCCGAAUGCAUAGUGCCAACUGUAAAAUUUGGUGGAGGAGAAAUAAUGGUCUGGGGUUGUUUUUCAUGGUUUGGUCUAGGCCCCUUAGUUCCGGUGGAGGGAAAUGUUAACGCUACAGCAUACAAUGACAUUCUAGACGAUUCUGUGCUUCCAACUUUGUGGCAACAAUUUGGGGAAGGCCCUUCCCUGUUUCAGCGUGACAAUGCCCCCUGCACAAAGCGAGGUCCAAACAGAAAUGGUUUGUUGAGAUCUAUGUGGAAGAACUUGACUGGCCUGCACAGAGCCCUGACCUUUGGGAUGAAUUAGAACGCCGACUGCGAGCCAGGCCUAAUCGCUCAACAUCAGUGCCCGACCUCACCAAUGCUCUUGUGGCUGAAUGGAAGCAAGUAACCCACAGCAAUAUUCCAACAUCUAGUGGAAAGCCUUCCCAGAAGAGUGGAGGCUGUUAUAGCAGCAAGGGGGGGACCAACUUCAUAUUAAUGCCCGUGAUUUUGGAAUGAGAUGUUCGCCGAACAGGCGUCCACAUACUUUUGGCCAUGUAGUGUAUUUGCUUAAAACUUUGGUCUUUGCUUCCAAUGCAUUAAUAUGCACAUUUUAUAAAAUUAUACCCCUUGACACCAUAAAACAACUUUACCUUAACUCUAACAAUGUUUGUUUGUAGCGUCAGUCUCAGUUUCUGAUGUACCGGCGCCUAGUCAUGGACAUUGAGAGAGAACAAGUCAAGGAGCAUCAGAGACACAGGAAGCACCUGAGGAGAAUCGGAAGGUGACUCGGCACAACCACAAUUAACGCAUUUAUUUCCUCUUCUAGAUAUACUCUCUUCCUGUUUGAGCCAUAUGUGGUUUUCAAAACAUGUCACUUUUAGUAAUCGGUGCUGUCAAAUGUUGAAUUCAUAUCAGAGUAGGGGUACAUCUCAUUUCAAUGCAGUCAAUUGAGAUAUUAAACAGAAAUUCUAGAUUUCCUUAGUUUUUCCAAUUUGAAUCUGUGUACUUGUUGAAUUGACUUUAUUUAAAUGGAAUUAAACCCAACCCUGAUUCAUAUAUACAUUCAUACUCCUUCAACAUGGUCUCUACAAUAUAAUUGUUUUUGUUUUUUUAUGUGGAACAAUGUAGAUAGUGGCAUUACAUCCAAUUGCUAAAUAAGCACACAUUUUAAUGAAGUUUUGUCUGAAUUUCUUUUUCCACUGUAGGAUAAAAGCAGAAAAGGAACAGAAGAGGUUGGAAGAGGAGAGGAAGCUGGAGAGACUGCAGCAGCUGGAGGAGGAUAGACUGGAAAUGGCUGAGAGGGAAUUUCUCAUUCUGGAGCGACUGAGACUUGAGGAAGAGGAGAGGGCAGAGGUGUUAGAGAAGAAAGAGAGAGGAAAGAAAGAUAAAGAAGCCACAAGGUAACUUUAUUAAUCAAUACAAUCUGAAAUUAAAUGGGCUAGAUACGGCCCAGAAGGUUUUUGAUAAUUGUACAGUAUCUGUCCCUUUAUUCUAUCUUCUGCCAAAUAUUCUGCCAAUAUAUUAUUUUUUUGUCCUUGAGCAACACAUCAUGUGCACUACUCCUCCAAAAGUCACAUUGGGAAAUAUGAAAGACGUUAUUCUUUCUAGAAAAUACCAGUGUAAAAAAUUGAAUUCUGAUGUUUGCUCGUGAUAAUCAUGGCAAACAAUUUUUUGAUACUUUAGAAAACACAUACAUCUAGAUUCUAGCCUACUCCUGACCCUACUCCUAGACUAGAAAUCAUGCUGAAUGUUUAAUAUCCAUUUAAAGUACUUUUUAGUCCAGGAAUAAUCUGGGUCCAGGUAACCGGCCCUAAAUGUGUUUGUGCUGGUGAACCUAGAGAAUAAGGCCCUGUGUCCCAGCCUGUGUUGUGUGUGUUAUUAUGUGACAGGUUGGGUACUUUGACAGAAAAUGGAACAAUACAGAUUGUAUUGUGUCCUGUGGCAGGUACAUCGAGGCUCUGAGAGCUCAGAUGAAGGAGAGGAUAGCUCUGGAGAAUACAGAGCUCCCUCCUCUCUGUUGCUGCGGAGACAGUUUCUGGGACUCCCAUCCUGACACCUGCGCAAACAACUGUGUCUUCUACAACAACCCUAAAGGUACAAACGGCACCACAUGUCUCAACCACAAGCCAAUAGGCUACCUCCAAAAGAACAGUAUGGUAAUUAUUUGACCUGCUGCAAGCCAAGAUAGGUGACUUGCACCCUUGAUGUAUGUUUACCAUGUAGAGUAUGUAUCAUUUCCACAUAGAAUAUGUUCAUCAAUUAUUACGCAACUAUGUCAAGGUCCCUCAACAUGAACCUACUGACGUUUAUCAGUUACCCAUUUAUAGUAACCUGUUCAUUCAAAGUAUCAACUUCCUUCCAUAUUUUCCUCAUUUUGAUUCUUUCCUAUUUUCCCUAUUCUAGUUUACCUGCGUCGUGUUCAUUAGGGCACGCAAUAUAUAUAUAUAUAUAUUUUUUUUUAAACAUUGCAACCGAAAAUGAUAAAAUGAGGGUUUCUUAUUGGGCAAGUCCAUUUUUCAGUCCGUUUUCCUACGUUUGGUCCCUGAUGAACUCGACCCUGAGGUUCAGUAUGAUGUGCUAUGAAUGGGAUGGAUGUGUUCAUGAUUCUGUUUGUCUUUCAUCCAGCCUAUGUCCAGGCUCUGCAGUCUGCGCUGUUGAGCUGUGAUCUCAAGGACGGCAGCCACUCCACUCACCAGCGGGCCUCGGCUCGCCAGAUCGCCUCCAUGCACGCCCUUUCACCCAGGAAGGAAACCACAGCUCACAGGAAGUUAGCCGCCUCGCACAGGAGCAAAAAAAAAGAGGACAUUUGAAUUUCAGCCCUCUUUGUUUUUUAAAAUCAAUAAUGACCUUUAAACAUGUUGUUUUGUCAUGCUAUUGAUUUUGAAUCAAACCUUGCCGUCUCUCACUCUUGGAUACUUAUCAGUUGUUAUUCCUUGAAACGUGAUGUAAUUUAUUUUGUAUGGUUUUAUUUUAAUUAUCUGUCUUUAACUAUGUCAAAGAUGUACACUUGGUUUUACUCUGUCCUUAAUUGCUGAAAAAUUGCUGAUUUAAAAACCUGACAUUUUAUCUUUUGAACCUCGGGAUGAUGCUUCAGUGGUGUUUUUUAGUCCUAUAAUGUAUUUUGGAUGCAGCAGUGGGCGUAAUCAUGGUAGUAUCCUAAUCCUUCUUAUUACAGUAUAUAUUAUUCCAUUCCUAUGGAAAAAGUGUGGGCUGAAAAUGUUGUCAGCUGGUUUAAAAUUAGUAAUUUUUUUUUAUAUCAAGGUAUUAUUAAUCUGUUACUCAUUGCAUUGUUAGGGUGAUUUGUCACUGUUUCCUAUCGCACGCAGUAAGAUGAGUGAAUUUAUUUUUUUGUGUUCACCAAAACUGAAUGAAUGUAAAAGGCCUUCCUACAUGAUAAAAAUGCUAAUGUUUAUUCAUGAAAAAUGAGAAGCUAAACUUGUAGGAUACAGUGCAUUCGGAAAGUAUU